GUACACUAAAUUUUGUUGAAUUUUAUAAAAAUUGUAGGUCAUGUAGAUAAUUCUCUGUUCUAUUGCAUGCUUUAAUCAGAAAUUAAAAAUUCCUUUUAUUUUUAGUGCUAUAGGCAUUUCAAUGAGUGGCCCAAUUCACCCCAGUGUAUUUUGUCUACCAGGGUGUAUUGGGCCACCACACUUUCAUUAUGUUUUUGCUAAAUUAAAGCUUCCUAAUGUUUUUUUUUUUUGUUAUAAUAUUGUGGGGUUUUUUUCAAGUUUAGUGUUUAGCUAAAACACUGAAGGGUGCAAAGAAAAGAGACAGUCAUGGCUAGAAAAUAUGAAAGAAUGAAACCAGAGAAUAUGGACCACGAAGAAAAUCUAGAAAAAGCAGUGAAAGCAGUGAAAGAAGAUAAAGUGAGUGUAAGAACAGCUGCUAGGAUGCAUGGAAUUGCUAGAACAAGCCUCCAACAGAGACUGGCCACAGGAGAAAAGCCAAAAAAGACUGUGGGUGGCCAACUGUCUCUCCCAAAGGAGGCAGAAAUGGAACUGGCUGAAUGCCUAAAAAUGUGGAUUUGGAAACAGUGUGAGUGAGUUAAGACACUUUGUUAAAAUGUAUGUUGAUAACAAUAUUUAUGAGGACACAGAAAUAGGAAGUUACCUGAAGAAAUACUGUAAAUAUAGAAAUAACAUCCCAGAAGCAGACUGGUGCACUGCCUUCUUGAGAAGAUAUAAGCUGUCACGCAAGCUCCCAUCAAGUUUUGAAAAAACAAGAAAAUCAGCAGCUUCAGAUCCUGAGGUUAUUUAUGGCUAUUUUGAUAUCCUUGAAGCUGAAAUGAAAAGAUUCCAGCUCCAAAAUCAACCAGAAUGUAUCUGGAACAUAGACGAAAUAUAUCUUCCUAUUGAUCCUUCAAAGACAAAGGUUAUCGCACCUGUUGGAGAAAAGUCUUCUCGUGUCACUGCCACCUCAGGAAGAGAGGCAACCACUGUCGUGGCAGGAAUAAGUGCUGCUGGAGAUAAGCUCCCCCCAUUCAUUCUCUUCAAGGGGAAGAAGUUUUGGUCAUCCUGGAAGAGGUCAAAGCCUUCUCCUGGAAUGCAAUAUGCCUUUUCUGAUUCUGGAUGGAUGAUGGCAGAGGUCUUUGCAGCCUGGUUUGAUAUCUUUGCUCUGUACAUUACACAAAGGCCUUUGCUUCUUGUUUAUGAUGGCCAUUCCACCCAUCUAACAUCAACUAUCAUAAAGAAGGCCAGAGCAGAGGACAUAACCAUCAUUAAAUUUCCUCCUCACACCACUGAUGUACUGCAACCUCUUGAUGUUUGCUGUUUUAAGCCUUUGAAGACCAGGUGGGAUGCCACUAUUGCCAAAUGGCAAGCAGCAAACUAUACUUGAAAAAUUACCAAAGGGAAAUUCGUAGAUUUGGUGGGCAAGGUUUGGGAUGAAUGUUUCAGUCUACCAAAUGUAAAACUGGCCUUUAAAAAGACUGGUUUGUAUCCACCUGACCGCAGUGUUUAUCCAGUGAAAACAUUCAACCCAGAUCUGUAUAAAUUAUACAAAAGUGUCCAGACAUCUUCAGAGCCAGUCCACAAACCAGCGACUCCAAAAUAGGUCACUUCUCCCAGAGAGAUGAUUUCCCCUUCAACCUCUUUCGAGGAGAUAAUGGCAGAUGUUUUCAGAAAGCCCUACCCAACCACUAGUGGUACAACGCAAACAAUGGCAAGAAGAAAAAUAAAUGUCUGUAGUCGCGUCAUAACGCAUGAUGAGUUCUAAGAAGCAGUUGAGGAGAAAGAAAAGAUGAUCCUUGUAAAGAAGAAAAAAGCAGAAGAAAAACAAAGAAAAAGAACCACAAGAAAAAGGAAAGAAGAAGUUUCAUCUGGGGAAGAAGAUGUUGACGACUUUCUGGAAGAGUUUGAAGAAGAGACUGCAGAAAAGAAAAGAAAGCACUAAAAGAAAGCAACAGCACUCCACUAAAAGAGCCCGGUUCAGCAGAGGAGGAAGAUGCUGAGCUAUUGAACAGCAGUCAUUCUUCAAUCAGCAGUAUAGACGACACGGAAGAAGAUGAAGAAAUUGAAGGUGUUGCAGUGUUUAAUGCUUGAAAGUACAGUGGAAUACAGAAAAAGAGAGAAAUAGAAGAAAAUGGCUGCUAUGGGAUGAAUUAUGGAAAAGCAUAUAUUGGGCAUGUGAUUAUGUGUGACAAAGAGUUCUUGAAAAUGAAGUUUUUGGAAAGAAAACCAAAUGACAUGUAUGACUGGCUGAAAAGGGAUGAUGUUGAUGACUCUGUUGAUGUGAAAUAUGUAUUUUGUGGACCCAUAAAGCUUGUUGGGACAACACCUUAUCAGAUUUAAGGUGUGGAUGUGACCUAUAAGAACUAUAAGAAAUCUAAAAACAUUCGAGAGAGAGAGAGAGAGAGAGAGAGAGAGAGAGAGAGAGAGAGAGAGAGAGAGAGAGAGAGAG